AUGGAAACACCCGAAAGAACUACGUAUUCCCCCAAAAGGACAGAGGAAUUCUUCCGGCUAAGGGAGGAACGCCGUGAUGUUUUGUGCGACUCAGAUGAGACACCGAUGCACAGCAAUGACGCUCAGAUCCUCUUCAAGUGGAAGGCGAAAAAGCGCGGCAGCGCCGCGACUCGGGUGAGUGGCGCGUGCGUGGUUCAUGCACCGCUGGUAGGGGCCGUGGAGUUGGUGUUGACUGCACGCCUAGAGCUCCUCCAGCUUCUUCCCACCUACAUCAACCCGGCAGCUCCGCAGCUCUUGGUCGGCGUUAGCAGCAGUGUAGAGUCCUUCUACAGAGGCGCUGUCGCAGGAGGGGUCUUUGGCUUGGUCUUUGGCCCCGAAACCGGAGUGGGCGUGGUCGCUCACCUCAUGGCGCCCUUCCGACCAGCGCUUUUGGCGGGCUCUUGGUGUCUCCUGACCUCAUUCUCCUCGUGUGCGCUCUCGCGGGAUGGGCUGCCUUUUCCGUGGAACGGAGCGUUGUCGGGGCUCUUCUCCGGUGCAGUGAUCAGCUUGGUCAGCCGAUGGCCACGGGAGUCCAUUGCAUGGACGAUGGCAGGUAGUUCGGUGCUCAGUAUACUGUCCCACUAUGCCACGGAGGGUCAGGGUGUGAAGGCGUCGGACCGACCUGACCAACCUUGA